UUGUCCUCGGGUCUCCUAAGAAUGGGUCAGGGAGAGUUGAGCAAGCGCAGUUGCGACUAUUGCCGUCAACAUAAAACCAAGUGUAUACGAUUGGAAGAUGCUACCUGCAGACGAUGUUCCAAAGCACGCCGGGCUUGUGUCACUUCGAACGUGAAAACCGGCAGACCAUAUUACCAGAGCUCAAAAGAACAGUACGAUUUGAUGAGUACAAUUGUCAAGCAUUUUCUUCCCGAUGCUGCUCUGGAUAAGGAGAGCCUCCGGCAGCUUGUGACGCAGCUGCACCAAGAUGACAACAACCGCGGCAGUGAUGACAACAAUGACAACAACACAACUCCUGACAACAAUACGUCGAGUGCAGCAGGCUCUCAUCAUCAACCUCCAAUUGGUGUUGUCAAUGCUGACUUGCAAAGCCCACUGCCAGUAACAGCUCUGGUCGAGAACAGUCUCCUUACGUCCGCCGAAACCACCGUCCAGCUACCACCUUUUUCAAGAAGAUUCCCAGACCAGACGAUGUCAGAGCCUUACCCACAGCUCCAUGGCUGUCCUGAUGGAAUGAACCAGGGAAAUACCGACCUUGGGCCAGUUUCGGCGGUGAACCUGGCCGAGUAUGCUUGCCACUAUCCAAUAUCAGCAUUCGAUGUGCCACAGACAUGCUCACCUGAGAGCGCCAGAGCCUCUUGGACAAGCGAAACAGAACCGGCCGAGAGCAUGGCUCGUGCAGAAUUGAUGAAUGUUACAAGAUACGACAGCGGCACAAGCUGGACUGCGUUCUUCCGCAAAAUACACUCCACCAAGGGGCCCACAUACGGCGAUGCGCUAGGGGGCUCUGUUUUUAGGUUCGAUGAGCUGACUGGCAGCAAGCAAGUCGACCAAGUUCAGCCCAAUGAUCUCCCACCCAGGGCCGAGUUUGAGCGAGCAUCCUUGAGGUUCUUCGCCGAAAUCAACUGCGUAAACUACAUUUUGAGCUAUGAGCAGUUUUACGUCUACAUAUCUGACUCCUUGGAUCAAAGGCACCCGCUCAGCCAUGGGGUAUUCAUGCUCUUGUGUUUGAUACUGUCAUUUGACUCCAAGUACGAGGAGUUUUUCUCCAAGGCAUGCGGACAUGUUGAGUAUGUAUUUGAGGAAGGAAGCAUAGCCAGUGUGGAGUCUCUAAUGCUUCUCGCUUUGUGUCGGCUGAACAGAGAUCAGAGAAACCUAGCUUGGAUCACUCUCGGUUCCGCGUCCAGGAUUGCGCAGUCCUUGGGACUACACUUGAAAGAAUCGUGCUGGGAAGAAAAGUCUCCUUCUAUCGUCGAGAGCCGAAAACGGCUAUGGUGGUCCCUUUACGACCUUGAAAUUUGCCUGGCAUAUCGUCUUGGAAGAAACCCCGGGAUCAACCCAGCAUUCUGCAGUUUGGAUAUCCCGUCUCAAGCGAUGUUGAAUAUGACUCCAUACACUCCUCCAGAUUACCACAGAGCCGUCGCUCAGCUGAGCAAGAUCAAUUGCCUGAUAGUGCAGGACCUAUACGGGCCGAGAGCGGCACAAAUCUGCCUUGACAGUCGUGCCGAUGAGAUUUUGAGUGACAUACAGUGCUUUUGGAACAGAUUGCACGAUUAUCUCAAACCUGGCGCCCCCUUGGCAGCAUCUCAUAGUCGAGCCGUCCACUACCUCGGACUUCGCUAUGAGUACACCAUUCUGGUUGCGACGAGGCCCUCGAUGGUCUCUUGCUGGAAGUUCUUCGGCUCAUGCAGCGACCGCUUGAUGCAACGUGUACAACUGUGCGAAGCAGCCAACAGAAGAUCGCUCUUGCUCCUCAAGAGAAUGGCCCGGGACGGCUUAUUCAGUCAACACAACUUUCUGGAUGCGACUUACGUGCUUGCCAACGCUUUGAUUUUGCUCUUAAGGCUUGUCAAAGACCCUUCAAGAGAACUCCUCACGGAGGCUGAGGAGUAUUGCCUCCUCAUCGACAUGGCCCAGCAUCUGAACAUCGGCAGGGUGACAAAACGUCAUUUCGAAGAGACCACACGCGAAAUAAGGUCAAGACUUGGAUUAGGAGGAGAGCUCCGCACUCCGAGAGAAACGUCUGUCAGUGAGCUUCUCGAGAACUUCAUGGGCGUGGAUGAAUGCAUAUGGCCGACGUGGCCUUUUGAUGAUGUUGCCGAGCUGGACUGGUCCGCUGCCAUACCUUGAGUCGCCAUUUCGAGCGGAUAUGCUGAUACAUUGCGCCGACUGAGGUGCAUUCUUCACACGUCCGUGCCUGAUAGCACUUUCCAGAAAGUCUGAACAGUCCGCCCGGAGAUGUUCUUUCUAUGGCCCAGUUCCACAGACAGAAUAGCUGCAUUUACCACGCACGAGUUUCGCAGCUAGUCGUAUACCCCAGAAAAGGUCUGAGCAAUUGAAGCACUUGAGCACCGAGAAAGUGUGAUGCCUCCACAUGGGGUUAGCAUCGUUGUUUUUCUAC